AGCACACGCGGCUUCUCACAUAAUCCAGGGGGUCGCUCACCAGCUCAUAGCUCGGCACGUUUGCAGGAUCGGGGCCUCUAGCCCCUUAGUGACCUGCCUGCGUCCCCCUCCCCCGCCGUUCUCAGCCCCUGGGAUCUCGUUCCAGCUCCUCCCGCUGCCGGACACGGACCCGGCCGGGCGUUUCCCCUCGGGCCCAGAGGGUAGAACAUGGUGUCUAGUGCUGGGCCGAAGGGGGACUCCCCUAGUACAUUAAUUAACGCUUAAAAAACACAUCACAAUUAAAUACAUGACAGAGCGAAGAAGCUGCCAUGACAGACUUUCCUCCACGAGAAGCUCUGGCGAAAGAAGAGAGACCCAGCGGGAGUAACGGGAGGGGGGAUCCCAGGGAGGCCAGAGGGGCUGGUAGGGGGCGCGGACAGAGAACAAGCGUAGAGGCAGAGUGGCUGCAGGGUUCACCCCUGUGGGAGAUGGCAAAGUGUGUCCAGAUAUGGACUUCACACCCCUUGGCCGUAGAGAUGAUAUAAGGCCGACUAACGACCUGAGAGAAGACAUUGCUGUGAAACAUUCAAUCCUUCGCCCAGCGAAAGAGGUAGACUCUCAAAACAGCACCAACACUCACAGCAAAACUUCCGAAUCAUCUGCAGACUGGAAGAACCCAGAAAAGACCCUGAACCACCGACCGUGGGCGAGCGUGGCAAGUGACAGGACGUCUUCUGUCUGGGUGUCCUUUUGUGAGCUUGACAACGAGUGCGUUUACCACGUGUUGCUCCCAGGGUCAAAUGACCAGAAAAGAAGGGUGCCGUGUCUUGCCCAAGACGUCAGAGGCUGCUCUGAUGUGAAAGAUCUGCCGUGGAUUCAGAUUUCGGAUUCAAAAGCAGUUUUUCAGCUUCUGCAGCUCGGGCUGAAGCACCAGAGUGUUGCUUGCAGCAAGCGGGAUCCUCACUCCCGUAGAAGUCGCAGCGUAUCCACUGUUCAAAGGCUAAAGAUGGAAGAUCGUGAAGCUCCUGCUGUAACCCGAGUCCGUGAAGUGGCGCUCUGUGGUCUUGCUGGCUCAGAAAGACGUUCCAAGACGCGCAAUGAGGGUGAUAGAUUGAAAGAGAGUGGAAAUAUUAACACUUCUCUACUGAUCCUAGGCAAAUGCCCCCAUGCACUCAAGAACAGUCAACAGCCAAAGCUGCAGCUGCACGUACCAUUUCGGGACACUCGCUUCCAUCAAGCCUUUUUCAGGGGAAAAGGGAAGCUUUAUCGGAUGGUAAACAUCAGCCAGUGUGGUGCUGCAUAUGACGAAACGUCUCUCGUAAAUAACGCUGACACGAAAAUGCAGGUAGCAAGAAGAAGAGCCCCUGUACUUUGGGACAGGAGCCUGGAAGAUGUGAUAGAAGACGAUGAGCAUUUAACUGUGAAUAACAAUGACACACAUGAAGAGCAUGAUCUGGCAAAAGAGACGGCAAAUGAGGAGGAGGAAAAGAAAGUAAUUCUUGGAAAAGAAGAGUAUCUGAGACUGCUAACUCCAAUAGAAGACUUGGAAAGCAAGCUGAUCAAUGAGAGCAAAGAUAAAUUAAUCUUGGAAUUAAAAAUUCAUGAAGAAGGCGCACAAGAAUUUACUCCGUAUUUUGCUCAACGGGAAACAGUUUUCAAGCAAUGCCUUUCUCAGGAUCCAGAGUUGCUGGAAGAAGAUUCUGAACAACGCUUGGAAAUCUACGAGGAUUUGGUAAAUGAAUGUGCCAGAAACCUGGAUGAAGAACAGGAGGUGAAGAAUUCCCACUGUAAUGAAAGAGCUGGAAUGCUGGAAGGAGGUGACAAUGGAGAUCCCGAAAAGUGUACUGCUCUUGAGGGCAUUACUGAUUCUCUGCAAGAUGAUGUCCCUGAUAUUAAGAAGCAGGCAGAAGGAGGUCGCAGGUAUAUUGGAUCUCUAGAAGACCCACAGGAAGCGACUGCUUGGCUUGAAGAAAAACUGGGGAAAGUUACUGUUGAACUAACUAAAACCAAAGAAGAGCUGACAUGGAGAACUGACGAGCUUGAAAUGCAAGUGAUUAAAUAAAGUGAAUCUGCCCGACAACUUGAAGAAGCUACUGAGAAAAUGACGACAGUGAAUAACCGGAUUCAAGAGCUAAUGCACAUUGUAAAAAGAAAAGGAGUACUUGUGGCACCUUAGAGACUAACCAAUUUAUUUGAGCAUGAGCUUUCGUGAGCUACAGCUCACUUCAUCGGAUGCAUACUGUGGAAAGUAUCGAAGAUCUUUUUAUACACACAAAGCAUGAAAAAAUGGGUAUUUACCACUACAAAAGGUUUUCUCUCCCCCCACCCCACUCUCCUGCUGGUAAUAGCUUAUCUAAAGUGAUCACUCUCCUUACAAUGUGCAUGAUAAUCAAGGUGGGCCAUUUCCAGCACAAAUCCAGGGUUUAACAAGAACGUCUGAUGGGCGGGGGGGGUAGGAAAAAACAAGGGGAAAUAGGUUACCUUGCAUAAUGACUUAGCCACUCCCAGUCUCUAUUCAAGCCUAAGUUAAUUGUAUCCAAUUUGCAAAUGAAUUCCAAUUCAGCAGUCUCUCGCUGGAGUCUGGUUUUGAAGUUUUUCUGUUGUAAUAUCGCAACUUUCAUGUCUGUAAUCGCGUGACCAGAGAGAUUGAAGUGUUCUCCGACUGGUUUUUGAAUGUUAUAAUUCUUGACAUCUGAUUUGUGUCCAUUUAUUCUUUUACGUAGAGACUGUCCAGUUUGACCAAUGUACAUGGCAGAGGGGCAUUGCUGGCACAUGAUGGCAUAGAUCACAUUGGUGGAUGCACAUUGUGGAGCAAAAAGAGGAUGUUAUCAGUAGGUGUGACGAUGUGACGCAGCAGGGAGGGGGGAGUGUUGACCUGGGAAUGUGCCCUGGGGACGGGAGACCUGAGAGCCUGUCACCUGAGCCAGGAGGGGGAGGGGGAGGUAACACCUCUGCCCAGGAAUGUGGACAGAGGCUGCAGCAGGGAACCUGCUCGGUGGGUUUAGUUUCAGUUUGGGGCUGGGUGGAGGAACACAGGGAACCCCAGGGCUGGGGUCUAAGCUCCCUGCUCCCCCAGAAGGACUUGACUGAGGGGUCCUGGGUGUACCCACAAGCUCUGUUUUGGACGGUGUUCCUGUUGUCCAAUAAACCUUCUGUUUUACUGGCUGGCUGAGAGUCUCAGUGAAUCCCAGGAAGAGGGGUGCAGGGCCUGGACUCCCGCACACUCCGUGACAGAAGUCACUGGUUAUUUUCUUUGUCUUGUGUGUGGCCUCUAAAUUCUUAAAAUAAAAUAAAGUAAAUAAAAUAACUGCUUUUAGAAAAAAUAAACCGUCUCCCCCGUGGGUGGAGACACUGAUCACUGUCACUGCAGGAGGGAACAAUAGAGUGGGAUGCCCAGAAGAAGGAAUGACUUGAGGACAAUGUCCUGAAGGGUCCCUUACCCUGGCAGAGCUUUCCUAGCUCCGACACUCACAUUUCCGCAUCGGGUGGGUUCGGCCACAGAAAUAAAAGUCUGCACCUCUUCCACGUGCCUUUGGACCAGUGGGGCAAAAACCAGGUACAAUUCAAGGGACUUUUAAAACUGCCUCUGAAACUGAGUUACCAAAAUAAAUGAACAACCAGAAAAGACACCUGGCAAGUGAACAGGGAUGCAUGGACGUCUUUGCAAAGCAGGUGUGCGGUUUCUUACGGGAAAAGCCACCAGCUGUCUGGAAGGGAAGAGCAGCUAGAAUUACUCGCCCCGGGGAAAUGAAAUCCCCAAACAGAGAAUGGCUGUGGCUGUGAUGAUGUUGAGGACUGGGGCUUGCUCACCUGUGGCUCCCCCUCCCCGUGCUGUGCAGGCACCAGGCAGGUCUGAGUCUGCAAGCAGGCGCCCUGCCUCAGGGGCAGCUCCCACUGGUCACGGGGGCCAAAGGGCUGGGGGGGAGGGGGAAGGCAAAGGGGGAGUGUGAUGAAGUGGGGGAGUUUCUUGCUUUUCCUUGUUUCCUGUGGG